UAUUUUUAUUUUCUUCUAAAAAAUUGUUGACCAACAUGUUUUUGUCUUGAAUUUGUUUAAAUUAAUUCUUAUUUAGUUACAAUUAGUACAAUUUAAUUUGACAAUUAAGUGAUUUAAUAAUCUCUACUUAUCACCAUGGUGGCUACUGUGAAAAAAGAAGUUGAUUUGUCUACAGUUAGAUGUCAAAAAUGUUUACAGAAAGGACACUGGACUUAUCAAUGCACCAAUGAGAGAAAAUGUGUGAUUAGACCUUCACGAACUGUCAUGAUGAAGCGUAAGAUAAAAAAGAUGGAGGAAAGAGCGAGAGCUCCUCCCAUGCCAGAAACUGGUGAUGCUCAACCACAACAAUCAAACUCUUCUGCUAUUGUUCAAACUCAAGAAGCAAGUGAAUCUGGUGAUAAAUCUGAAUCAAGUUCUUCAGAGGAUUCCGAAUCUGAUUCUUCAUCAACAGAUUCUAACAUGUCAAUAGAAAAAUCUGGAACCAAAAGACGAAGACGACGAUCCUCAUCAUCAUCAUCAUCAUCUUCUUCUUCUUCUUCCUCUUCUUCAUCUUCAUCUUAUUCCUCGUCGUCAUCGUCAUCGUCAUCAUCUUCCUCUUCGUCCUCAUCAUCAUCCUCUAAAUCUUCCGGCUCACAAUCAUCUUCAAGUGCUCUCAGUCCGGGAAAACCAAAAAGCAUAUAUCACGAGCCACGACGUAAUCGACCCUCAAGAGAAAGACAAAGACAAAGAGACAAACGGGAAAAAGAUUCUGCAGAUACAAAGCAUAGAGAUACAAGGUACAAAUCUUCUCGAGAAAGGCCAAAAUCGUACAGAAAUAAAAGACGACGAUAGAAAACAAUAAUUAAGCUGAAAAAAACGAUACAAACAAGGAAAGAUUGUAUUUCAACAAUCAAUAAAUCCAAUUGAUUUUAUUCACUGA